AUGGCAAGAGAACAGUGUUCACAAACCGAAGCUGAACUGUAUUACCUCAUUACCAGAUUUCUGCAGUCUGGACCUUGUAAAAAAGCAUCACAGAUUCUGGUUGAGGAGCUGGAGGAGUAUGAGUUGAUCCCUCAACGAUGGAGUUGGGACGGGGAGAAAUACAAACGGACCUUCCAAGACUGGGUGAUUUUGAAUCAGCACAUUCCUGCAGACUAUCUGCUCCGUGUAUGUCAGCGGAUAGGCCCGCUUAUAGAAAAGGAGAUCCCACCUAGUGUUCCUGGAGUCCAAACACUUCUGGGGCUGGGAAGACAGUCAUUGCUACGUUCCACCAAAAGUUGUAGCCACAAAGUAUGCAGUGGCUCAGCCGUCGCUGCACUCCACCGAGGGCGUCCACCAGAACCUCCAGUCAGCAAUGGACAUCCUCCCAAUGUCGUGUCCAUCAUGGGUGCUCGCCAGGCCUCAGGCACGGCUCGUUUCAGCCAGACCUUGCCGUCUUCCUCCUACCAACACAUGAAGAUACACAAACGUAUCCUUGGCCACCUUUCUUCAGUCUACUGUGUAGCCUUUGACCGCACCGGCCGUCGGAUAUUCACGGGUUCUGAUGAUUGCCUGGUAAAAAUCUGGGCCACGGAUGACGGCCGGCUCCUAUCAACACUUCGCGGCCACUCAGCGGAGAUCUGUGACAUGGCUGUCAACCACGAGAACAGCCUCAUUGCCUCAGCUAGCUGCGACAAAACCAUCAGAGUGUGGUGCCUGCGAACCUGUGCACCCAUCACUGUUCUGCAGGCCCACGGGGCGUCCAUCACAUCCAUACAGUUUUGUCCUGCUGUCAAAGGGACAACGCGGUACCUGGCCUCCACCGGUGCAGAUGGCAUGGUGUGUUUCUGGAAGUGGCACUCGCACAACAUGAAAUUCCAUGAUCAACCAGUCAAGUUUGUUGAGCGGUCACGUCCAGGAGUACAGGUCUCCACUUCCUCUUUCAGCAGCGGUGGUAUGUUCAUGGCCACCGGUGGCACUGAUCAUUUGAUCAGAGUCUACUACCUUGGUGCUGAAACUCCGGUGAAGGUCUCUGAGAUGGAUGCACACACGGAUAAAGUCGUUGUGGUACAGUUUAGCAACAACAGUGACAGCCUAAGGUUUGUGAGUGGCAGUCGCGACGGCACAGCCAGGAUCUGGCAUUACCAGCAACAGGAGUGGAAGAGCAUCACUUUAGACAUUGCUGCCAGGCUGCCUGGGAGUACUGUCACCAAUGGGGAUGAUAAAACCAAGCUGGUUGUUACCAUGGUGGCUUGGGACCGUGCAGAUAGCACUGUCAUCACAGCAGUGUCGAACUACCUGCUUAAAGUGUGGAGCACAACCACUGGACAGCUAUUGCACAUUUUAUCUGGUCAUGAUGAUGAGGUGUUUGUGCUGGAGGCUCACCCAUUUGACUCCCGCAUCAUGCUUUCAGCCGGCCAUGAUGGCAACAUUUACAUGUGGGACCUGGCCAAAGGAGCCAAGAUCCGCAACUUCUUCAACAUGAUUGAAGGGCAAGGCCACGGUGCUAUUUUUGACUGCAAGUUCUCAGCUGACGGACAGCAUUUUGCCUGCACUGACUCACACGGCCAUUUGCUCAUCUUUGGCUUCGGCUGCAGUAGACCAUAUGAGAAGAUACCUGACCAGAUGUUCUUCCACACGGACUACCGACCUCUUAUCCGUGACUCUAAUAACUACGUGCUGGACGAGCAGACGCAGCAAGCCCCACACCUCAUGCCUCCACCCUUCCUGGUGGAUGUUGAUGGAAAUCCUCACCCUCCUCACUACCAGCGCCUGGUUCCAGGAAGAGAGAGCUGCAAGGAGGAUCAGCUAGUACCCCAGCUAGGAUACAUGGCUAACAGUGAUGGGGAGUUGGUGGAGCAGGUGCUCGGCCAGCAAACGGCAGAAAACAGAGAAAGCCUAUUAGACAAUCUCAUCAGACAGUUGCAGAAUGAGCAGGACCAGCGUCAGAACGAAGAAGAGCCGGCUGAAGAGGAAGAAGCGGGAGGUGAAGAAGAGGUGGAGGCCUCGUCCUCGGCUGCUGAGUCACACAGAAGUAGGCAGGUGGACGGGGUGUGGCAGAUGCAGCAUAAUGCCCUGCGGAGUCAAGUGGCCACCGAGAGGGACCUGCUGGCCUGGAGCCGCAGAGUGAUGGUCAAUGAAGUGCCACAAGGGAUAUCCAGAGUUUCGGAGGAGUGCAGAAAAGCCAAAGGUGACAUGGAAUGUUCUCUAUACAAUGCAGAGAGGAGGAAAAAACCAGUAACAUGCACACCCAAGAACGAUCUGUUGACGUCACGCCUGCGCUCCCUGCGGCCGACCAAGAAAAAGCAGCAGCGUCACACCUAUCAGACCCGCUCAGCUCAAGUCCGCCGUCCUGGGACCAGGAGUCGAAACUCCACUAACCGACGUAACUCUGACAGCCAGAUAGACUCUGACAGUGAUGGAAAUGCAGCAGCAGAGGUGGAGCAAAGCGAAGCCUCCUCCGAUGGUGAAGCUCAGUGGCAAAGCGAGAGCAGCUCCAGUGACUCCUCUAGUGAAUAUUCUGAUUGGACAGCUGACGCUGGGAUCAAUCUUCAGCCGCCAAAGCGACCAACCAGGAGGCCCGUCCAGCCCCAAGGUUACAGCAGCUCUGAGGAAGAAGAAGGCGAUGGCAAGGGAAAGGAGGCCAAGAAGAGGGAUAAUGAGAAGAGGAAGAAGCCCAAGGAGACCAAACAGAAACCCACAUCCUCUCUGGCUGGGCUCGAUGCGGAGGAGUGGCUGCCACCAUCAUGGAUAAUGGAGACCAUCCCCCACCGCUCUCCUUUUGUUCCGCAGAUGGGAGAUGAGCUGAUCUACUUCAAACAGGGCCAUCAGGCCUACGUCCGGGCUGUGCGCAGGGCCAAGGCCUACAGCAUCAACCCUCAGAAACAGCCGUGGAACAGGCUCGACCUCAGGGACCAGGAAUCCGUGAAGGUGGUUGGAAUUAAAUAUGAAGUGGGACCUCCCACCCUCUGCUGCCUAAAACUGGCUUUCUUGGACCCAGUCUCAGGGAAGAUGACCAAUGACUCUUUCUCCUUAAAGUACCAUGACAUGCCAGAUGUCAUAGAUUUUCUGGUAUUGCAGCAGUUUUACAACGAGGCUAAAGAGCACAACUGGCAGCCAGGUAUGAGAUUCCGCAGCAUCAUUGAUGACGCCUGGUGGUUUGGCUCUGUGGAAGACCAGCAGCCUCUGCAGCCGGAGUAUCCAGACAGCCUGUUCCAGUGCUAUGCAGUAAAGUGGGAUAAUGGUGAGCGGGAGAAAAUGAGUCCCUGGGACAUGGAGCCUAUACCUGAGGAAGCUGCGUUGCCUGAACAGGUGGGUGAUGGCGUGGAGGUGGCCGAGGAGGAGCUAAUGGCUCUGCUUUACACGCCUCAGGAGGGAGAAUGGGGGGCUCACACACGAGAUGAAGACUGUGAGAGAAUCCUCCAUGGCAUCGAUCAGCUUCUAACACUGGAUGUAGCCAAGGCAUUCGCGUCACCAGUAAAUCUGCGGGACUACCCUCUGUACUGCACCGCGGUGGCUUACCCUACUGACCUCAGCACCAUCCGCAAACGAGUGGAGAACCACUUCUACAGGCGGAUCUCUGCACUAAUGUGGGAGGUGCGCUACAUUGAACACAAUGCCCGCACUUUCAAUGAACCCCAGAGCCCCAUUGUAGCAACUGCCAAGGUGGUGACUGACGUUCUCCUUCACUACAUUGGGGACCAGAGCUGCACAGACAUCUUGGAUCUGCAUCACAAACUGAAGUCUGAGAUCAGCAGUGGAGAAGAAGCUGAGGCUGAGUUGGAUGUGGACUCUGACACUCCAGGCACAUCUACAGGACAGCGGGGAGCCAACCUGAAUUCCAAGAAGCGAGGUGUGGUCUUGGAUGUGAAAUUCUGGCGAGGUCAAUGCAAAGAGCUUCUGCGUCGUAUGAUGGUCUCGCCAGAUUCUGUGCCGUUCAGGCGGCCAGUGGACCUCUUUGAGUAUCCGGACUAUCGGAACAUCAUCGACAUGCCAAUGGAUCUGGCUACAGUGUCAGAGACGCUGGUUGCAGGGAAUUAUGAAAGCCCGAUGGAGUUUGCCAAGGACGUGCGCCUCAUUUUCAGCAACUCCAAAGCAUAUACGCCUAACAAGAAAUCACAGAUCUACACCAUGACCCUCAGCCUGUCGGCCUUCUUUGAAAAAAACAUCAUCUCGAUCAUCUCGGACCACAAGUCUGCCAUUCAGAAUGAACGGCGGACUCGUCAGAGACUCAGUUACAGGAACAGAAUGCACAACGGAGGCAGCUCCCCGCCUAUCAGUCCAUCCCCCAGCCCUAACGGGAAGCACAAGUCAGGAAAGGUGUCGAAGCCAAAAACAUCCCGGACCUCAGCGAAGAAUCGUCCCCUGAGACCACAUCAGGUUCAGCAAAGCAGCAGUGUAGCAGAGGAGGAGGACACCCAGCCUUCUUCCCCAAGUUCAGGGACGAGCAGCAGCGAGAACAGAAACCAGGGGCCACACCGUGUGACCCGCAGCCAAGCAACGCCGGUGAAGAAGUCAGGGCGCCAGCGCAAGCUGCCUCCAAGUAACGGCUCCAGACAGCGCCCCGAGCGAGAAGCGCCGCCGUCUGAAGAUGAUGAGAAGGCGGAUUCCGGGUCCAACAGAUCAUCGUCGGAGUCAUCCUCCACCUCAUCAUCGUCCUCUUCCUCGUCAUCGUCGGACAGCGAGAACAGCUCAGAGUCUGAGAUGGAGAAGUACGUGGAAGGGGGAGAUCACGACUACAGCAAAGCUCCCUGUCUGUCCGUACGCCUCUCGGCCAAGGGUAAGCUGGCGGCCUCAGGGAAAAGAAGACACAAAGGAGGCGAUGACGCGGCCCAGACAGCUAAAAGAGCACGAGUGCAGCUGCCAGUAGAGGAGGAGGAAGACGAGGAGGAGGAAGACGAGGAGGAUGAAGAAGAGGAGGAGGAGCAGCAGCAGCCAUUGGAUCCAAGACAUGAAGAGGAUGAGGGAGAGCAGCAGCAGCAGAAGGAUGAGGAGGAGGAGGAGGAAGAAGAUGAGGAGGAGGAGGAGCCUGAGGAGGAGGAGCCUGAGGAGGAGGACGAUGAAGACAACUCUGUUGAGACAGGGGCUGUAGCAGUGACAGCAGCAGCAGCAGCUAGCAGUAUGAGAGGCAGCCAGUGCAAGUCUCGACGGGUCAACACGCGCAACCAGGGCCGCAGGACAGUUCUGUACGGAGACGAGUCAGAGGACGAUGGCCAUGGGUCGAAGGAAGACCCCCUCAACCUGGGCAUGUCCCGCUCAGGACGGGUACGCCGCAUGACAGAGAAAGCCCGCGUCAGCCACCUCAUGGGCUGGGGUCACUAACACGUCGCCCCUUUUCAAACCUCAAUAAAAGAAAACUAUUUAACAUGAGUAAUACUUCAGGGAUUUUUUUCUUUCUUUUUGUACAAGUGUAUAUAUAAUAUAUAUAUAUAUAUAUAUAUAUGAUUUUUCUUUUUUAUCUGAGACUGCUUAUGGCUCCCAAACUGAUAGCUGGUGCUCAUGAUGUUUUCCCUGGUCAACGCUCUGUUGACUGUUGACUCACCUCAGCCUUACUGCUCGCUGGAGGAGCCUUUGAGACGCCGCAGUGCUCCCUCAUCCUCCUGUGUGUUUCACGUCUAGUUCUAAACACUAUACCCCUCGGUCUCCUCUCGUCCCUCCCAUGACUUUCCUCACCAAAGAAGGAUGUGGAGAUGCCAAAAAAUGGUGCUCAUGUUUUAGUUUGUUUAUUUUCUCAGCAAGUAAUUUAACAAAUCUCGUCUUGCUCGCGGUCACUCGUUCAGUCCCGACCACCGUGAACCACCACUGGAGGUCACUGAUGUCAGCUCUUUUGGUACUUGGUCUUUCCUCGCAGCCACAAGCCUUAGUUUUCGGAACUCACAUCAUUCAGAUUUAGUCCUGUGACUCGAGUCAAGACGAGUAUAGUUUGGGCAUUAGCAAUACUUGGGGAACAGAGCGACUUGGGUCAGAAUACAGUACCAUGGUAACAUCCCAGCUGACAGCUUGCUGUCCUUGGCCUGUGAAUGUUACACGUUUCUCCCGCUUCCUUUUUAGUGGUGUCGACUGUUUUUUUUGGCUCUUUGAUUCUGUUAUUUUGUUAGGAUUGGGUGCUUUUUUUUUUUCUUUAAGAAGUAAUUUUCUGGGGUAAAAAUGCCACUGCAUCCUGUUUGUAUUUGUACUGUUGUACUCCGUGGUGGAUCCAUUCAUGGUCGUCUCCAUCACACCUUCUCUAUCCAGUAUGUGCAAAGGCAAGGGGUCCCUGGCAUACUCUCUUCCACAGAGAUAUUUAUUUUUCCAUUGUAUUAUACCAAGGUUCCUUUAACUAUUUCGUACGUUAAUAGUAAUGAGGAAGAGGAAAUAUUUGCACAUUUAUCUACUCCACGUGGCAGCUGAGUAAUAAAGAUAUUAGAGAGCGGUAUGAUUUUUGUGUAAGAAUGUUUAAACUGUGCCAGCAGACAAUAAGUCUUUUUUAUUACUAUUUGUAGUUUAGUUUGACACGUAAAACAUGAGAUAACGUAACCUAUUUCAACCUGUGUAUGAUGAAGUUGAAGCUCUCAUCUGAUUGGCUAUCUUAAUCAUGCAUUCUUUUGGCCCAAGGCAAAGGUAGCAACCAUGGAUUCUUACAUACUUUGUUGUUUGUUGUAUGUUGUGCCGUUUAUUCGCCCCUUGUUUCUAACCAUCUAUGGACUUGAGUGAUCUAGAUUCGGGUAGACGGUCUGCACAUAUUACGGCUUUUUCCAGGAUUUACUACAAUCAGGUGUUAUGGUGGUGUCAGAAUCACUGUGUGUAGUUUUUCUGCCUAGUUUUAUGAGUAAUUCCUUGUCGAUUGGUUCGUGUUUUUAGUGGAAUUGCGUGAAAUGGAUGCAUCCCUUGUUAUUGCACCAAUAAUGUUUACUUUAAAGCUUGUGUGCUCUUUGGUUGGUAGAUCAUUUGAGACCGCAUCCAGUCAGAAGAAACCAGGAACGCUAACUCACAAGUUGGGUGCUCUAAUCCGAACACACUUCCUCAUUACGGCCUCUGUGUGGUCGCUGACAUAAGAGACAUGCCUCAGAGGUUGUUUUGUUUCUCUUCUUUUGGGUAGGGUGGCAUCAGCAUCUUGGGUGCUCCUAGCGGCAGCAUUAACUGGCGUCUUGAAACUAUUCUGCUUGAGUGUGAGAAGACUGAUUCACAUUUUGGAAUCUUAUUUUCAUAUAGUAGAUGGCAUUUAGUCAUGCUUCGACGCAUCAGAUUAGUUCAUAACAAAUACGUUUUACUGUAGGUGGAUUAAGAUUACGUGACCUUUUUUAUACACAAUGUUUGAUUGUAUGUGUUUUUUUUCUUUUUCUUUUUUAAUAAAAAAUGGAUUUAAAAUGAA